AUGGGAUCGUCCGACGAGUACGAGGAAGAGAUUGUCGAAGAGAUAGAGGAAAUAGUGGAAAUUGUGACUACAAGGCCGGCUGAUAACCAUGAUGGAUCUAAAGCUAGCUCUAGAGCAAGCAGUCCAGAACUUAGAAAUGAUACAGAGAUAGUCGAAAUAGUGGAAUAUUCCGAGGAGGUUGUGACCAACAGCAAGCCGGCUGAUAACGGUGGUUCUAAAUCUAGCUCUAGAGCCAGCAGUCCAGAACUCAGAAAUGAAACAGAGAUAGUCGAGAUAGUGGAAUAUGUCGAGGCGGGUGAGCCAGUGGAAUUGACCGUCGAUACCGACAAACUGACCGACAAACUGACCGACAAACCGGAGGUGACCGACAUAAAGGACGGACGGAAUACACCUGAAGAUAGACCUAUCAAGAAUGAUGGAAGUGGAGGAAGAAGAUCCAGACAGAGGAAGAAAAAGAGACGUUCCUGUAACUGUAGUCCUUGUCCUUGUUCUUCUGGUGGCGGGUGCUGGAGAGCGGCUUCCUCUCCCUUCGGACGUAGUAAUUAUGAUCCGGAGAUAAUUCCUUUCCUGACCGUCUCGCCCAACCGAAGUUGCAGCAGUAGCAAACAUGGCAGAGUCAAACGGAAACACCGAGUAAAGAAAUCAGUCAGCAGCUCUAGUAGCAGCAGCAGCAGCAGCAGUUCCUCGUCCAGCUCCUCAUCUAGUUCCUCAUCCUCGGACGAAGGCAGACCUCAAAUGAUGAACUGUUCACCCGGACUCCAACCUCAGAUGAUGAACUUCUCUCCUGGACCCCAACCUCCAAUGAUGAACUUCUCUCCCGGACCCCAACUACCCACUACUUUCCAAGUCGUUCAGCCUCAGAUAGUCACUUCAUCUCCUGGUGCCUUCCCUCAACUCAACUUCAGCAACACGGAGUCAAAGAACCAAUCCAGUUCUCCCGUCACAAGAAUCAUCAGAAGGAAAAAGCCGAAGAAGCCUAAGAAGGUUAUACAGAUACAACCGAGUUCAAGCUCAUCUUCUUCCAGCAGCAGCAGCAGCAGCAGCAGUAGUAGCAGCAGUAGUAGUAGCAGUAGCAGUGACUCAGACGGACCCGGAGUUCCAGGUCCGGACGGUAAAACCCCUCUCGGAGCCGGGAUGGAGAGGGUUGCUCAGAGUGUAAUCAUGCACUACUUGGAGAAACAGCCAAAGAAGAAGAAGAAACCAAAGAAACCAAAGAAGCCAAAGAAGCCCAAAAAGGCUAAGAAACCAAAAGCACCCAUUCUCAUUCAACCCUCUUCUAGUUCUUCUAGCGAGGAAGUUGAAGAAAUUAUCCACAUGCCGAGUCCAGCUCCUCCUCCUCACCCUAUAAUCCUAGCAGCUCCUCAACAACAGAUGCCACCCAUACCUCGACAAAGGAUCGUCCACAAGAAAACUUACAUCAAGGUACCGAUAGUUACAGCGCAUGUAGUUGAGGAUGAGCCCCUAGAGUGGCAUCAGACCAACAAUAACUGGCAAAUGAUAAUGAUGCCCGGCCAGCAGGGACCAGUCAACUACACUAACACCACUACAACUAUUCCUCAAAUGUAUCAGACCAACUCUACAGUUAUCAACACACCUGUUGACUCCUCUUCCUCCUCUUCCUCUUCCUCUUCCUCCUCUUCCUCCUCCUCCUCUUCCAGUGAUAGUGACAGUCCCGUUAUCAAGGCGAAGAAAGUAAAAACUAUACAGCGAAAAACACCAUCUAAAUCUCCAAAAAUAGCCCUCAAAAUCCCAAACUGCACUAAAACAUAUGAGCAUUCUUUUGAAACCCCCAAACCUGUUGACAAGCCUGCUCGAGAGAGAAAACCAAGUGGUUCGAUAAUGAGUGUAACUAUUCCAAAGAGAAAGAUGAGAGUCAGUACUAACUGUGACAUCAAGCCCAUAUCAGGAUUUAUUGAGAAGAGAGGUACAAUAAGAAGCCCGCAAAGGGUCAAGAGUGGUUACAGACCCUCCACCACCAUUACCAAGAGUGGUUACAGACCCUCCACCACCAUUACCAAGAGUGGUGUUGUUAACCAGCGUUCUGCAAUCAGUGCCAGGCGAGUUCCCACCCGACCUAGCUCUCCUCGUGGCAACACCAACAUAACAGUAACCGCUGGUUGUGAUCUGAUGAGAACACCCCCGGGUAUGCAAUACAGUCCCAGAAGUGUGGGUCCAGGAGGGGGAGUGGAGGAGGUAGUGGAGGAGACUAUUGUUACUGAGACAAUAAGAGGCGGAGUUUCGGUGGCAAAGCCUAAAAUGUCCAUCUGCAAGCAAGGUAACAACACUGGUCGUUCAUCACCUGGUUCAAGAGCGGGUAAUGAGGGAGGAGUGAGGAGGGCUGGUUCCCCUGCUGGAGCAGUUCAGAGAGAUCAGAGCAGUUUGGUCGAGCUGAAUUUUACACAACCACCACACCCUCCGGAGCCUCCGGAUACUGGACAGGGCACAACAAUAUCAGGGUCCUUUAGUUCAGUAACCAGUUGUAAUUUGCUGCAGGCAACACAAGUUAGUGUUGCCAAGUAUGAACCACUUAUUGUAGGGCUGUAUGGUAUUCAAGACGAGCGUGAAGUUAUGAUCUCUGGCACUACGUUUUAUGACAAACAAGCCCAAAAUCCAAGAGACAGCCACGAUUUAUUAGUUAAAGUCAAAGAAAGAAGCAAUGUGGGAGAUGUCAGUCCGCGGAACGAAUUUACAGUUGCAGAUAACAUCUUUCCAAGUGUUGUUACUGAAGGUCCGUUACCAAAGGAUAUGAUACGGGAAGGUGAAGUCUCAAUAGCAGAAGUUGAAGUUGCACAAAUCUCUAAAAAUAGAGUUAUAGAAUAUUUUAACACUCAUGAAGAAUCGCUUGAUUCUUUUGAAGACAGUAACAAGCCUAAACUCGAUCUUACUCAGGAGCAGAUAAUUAAUCCAUCCUCACCAAGUGUUCAUAACAAGGAAGAAACAAAAUUAUUUUCAUCAAGUGACAGAAAGCAACGGUGCCAGGAUCCAAUCAUGCAGCCACCGGGUACUUCUAAAGAAGGAAAUCUCUCUUCACCCCAAACGUACCAUCGUGCCAAUGAUUUGAAGAGAAACCCUGGCCUUACAGAAGACAACAAUCUAUUCCCAGGUAACCAUGGUGAUAAACAUGGAAAGUAUCCCCCGGACCAUGUGUGGAAAUCUGCUGAUGCAUCUAUCAGUGACACGCUUCUGGUUGGUAAUAAAGUUGAUGACCAUCAUAUUCUGAAGUCUGCUCUUACAAAAGAAACCAAGUCUAUUGACAACAAGCCUGAGGGAAAAGAUUACGGAGACUUUUCUAAACCAGAAAACGAACAAUCGGUCAUCAGAAAACAUCAUGAAACACAAGUUGGUCAAUCAAAACAUUCCAACUGUAAAUCUGACGACAUUAUAGAAAAGACUUCCAGCACACCUCAGCUUAAUGAUAUGAGAAGUGGAGAUUCUUCAAAAUUUUAUCAAGGCAACAAAGCUGAGGAGCAGUUCCAAACUCCUGAGGUAAUUCGUAAACAGUUCUGGCCAAGUAAAAAGGCUGAUACACCGGAUGAUCGUUUAAUCUCUCCAAAAACGUCGGAUGAAGCUUACGAAAGUGCAAGUAUUCCCGAGUUGGGAAACGAUCAGUCUUCUAAAAGAAAGCCAGAUCAAAAUGAUGCUGAACUUGACAACACAACUGAAGAACAGUCUCUCAGUGAUAAACCUUAUCGUUCAAAAGGCAUGACUCUUUCCAAAGAAUGCUCAAAUGCAGCAAAUAAAAACAAAGAUUCAGAUUCUGUCGAAACUGAAGAACCAGAAAGAGAGUUGAUUCCUCCAGAUGAAAACAUGAUAUCUUCUGAUAACAUAUCUCCUGCUAAUAUUAACAUGAUAUCUUCUGAUAACAUACCUCCUGCUAAUCCUAACAUGAUAUCUUCUGAUAACAUACCUCCUGCUAAUCCUAACAUGAUAUCUUCUGAUAACAUACCUCCUGCUAAUCCUAACAUGAUAUCUUCUGAUAACAUACCUCCUGCUAAUCCUAACGUGAUAUCUUCUGAUAGCAUACCUCCUGCUAAUCCUAACAUGAUAUCUUCUGAUAACAUACCUCCUGCUAAUCCUAACAUGAUACCUUCGGAUAACAUACCUCCUGCUAAUCCUAACAUGAUAUCUUCUGAUAGCAUACCUCCUGCUAAUCCUAACAUGAUAUCUUCUGAUAACAUACCUCCUGCUAAUCCUAACAUGAUAUCUUCUGAUAACAUACCUCCUGCUAAUCCUAACAUGAUAUCUUCUGAUAACAUACCUCCUGCUAAUCCUAACAUGAUAUCUUCUGAUAACAUACCUCCUGAUAAUCCUAACAUGAUAUCUUCUGAUAGCAUACCUCCUGCUAAUCCUAACAUGAUAUCUUCUGAUAACAUACCUCCUGCUAAUCCUAACAUGAUAUCUUCUGAUAGCAUACCUCCUGCUAAUGCUAACAUGAUAUCUUCUGAUAACAUACCUCCUGCUAAUCCUAACAUGAUACCUUCGAAUAACAUACCUCCUGCUAAUCCUAACAUGAUAUCUUCUGAUAACAUACCUCCUGAUAAUCCUAACAUGAUAUCUUCUGAUAACAUACCUCCUGCUAAUCCUAACAUGAUAUCUUCUGAUAACAUACCUCCUGCUAAUGCUAACAUGAUACCUUCGGAUAACAUACCUCCUGCUAAUCCUAACAUGAUAUCUUCUGAUAACAUACCUCCUGCUAAUCCUAACAUGAUAUCUUCUGAUAACAUACCUCCUGCUAAUCCUAACAUGAUACCUUCUGAUAACAUACCUCCUGCUAAUCCUAACAUGAUAUCUUCUGAUAACAUACCUCCUGCUAAUCCUAACAUGAUAUCUUCUGAUAACAUACCUCCUGCUAAUCCUAACAUGAUAUCUUCUGAUAACAUACCUCCUGCUAAUGCUAACAUGAUAUCUUCUGAUAACAUACCUCCUGCUAAUCCUAACAUGAUAUCUUCUGAUAACAUACCUCCUGCUAAUGCUAACAUGAUAUCUUCUGAUAACAUACCUCCUGCUAAUGCUAACAUGAUAUCUUCUGAUAACAUACCUCCUGCUAAUCCUAACAUGAUACCUUCGGAUAACAUACCUCCUGCUAAUCCUAACAUGAUAUCUUCUGAUAACAUACCUCCUGCUAAUCCUAACAUGAUAUCUUCUGAUAACAUACCUCCUGCUAAUGCUAACAUGAUAUCUUCUGAUAACAUACCUCCUGCUAAUCCUAACAUGAUACCUUCGGAUAACAUACCUCCUGCUAAUCCUAACAUGAUAUCUUCUGAUAACAUACCUCCUGCUAAUCCUAACAUGAUACCUUCUGAUAACAUACCUCCUGCUAAUCCUAACAUGAUAUCUUCUGAUAACAUACCUCCUGCUAAUCCUAACAUGAUAUCUUCUGAUAACAUACCUCCUGCUAAUCCUAACAUGAUAUCUUCUGAUAACAUACCUCCUGCUAAUCCUAACAUGAUACCUUCUGAUAACAUACCUCCUGCUAAUCCUAACAUGAUAUCUUCUGAUAACAUACCUCCUGCUAAUCCUAACAUGAUAUCUUCUGAUAACAUACCUCCUGCUAAUCCUAACAUGAUAUCUUCUGAUAACAUACCUCCUGCUAAUGCUAACCUGAUAUCUUCUGAUAACAUACCUCCUGCUAAUCCUAACGUGAUAUCUUCUGAUAACAUACCUCCUGCUAAUCCUAACGUGAUAUCUUCUGAUAAUAUACCUCCUGCUAAUCCUAACAUGAUAUCUUCUGAUAGCAUACUUCCUGCUAAUCCUAACAUGAUAUCUUCUGAUAGCAUACCUCCUGCUAAUGCUAACAUGAUAUCUUCUGAUAACAUACCUCCUGCUAAUCCUAACAUGAUAUCUUCUGAUAACAUACCUCCUGCUAAUGCUAACAUGAUAUCUUCUGAUAACAUACCUCCUGCUAAUGCUAACAUGAUAUCUUCUGAUAACAUACCUCCUGCUAAUCCUAACAUGAUACCUUCGGAUAACAUACCUCCUGCUAAUCCUAACAUGAUAUCUUCUGAUAACAUACCUCCUGCUAAUCCUAACAUGAUAUCUUCUGAUGAAUUAAGGACGAUGAAGCAAUUCCCUAAAGAUACAACUAACAAAGUUUCAGCAAAAGUGGUGAUCCCUCCCCACGGUGAUAACAAAAUAUUAUUAGAACAUGCUCCAAGUAAGCCUAAAGAAACUGGCGAGAAGUCAGGUCUUGUUGAAACUGGAGAGCCAGACACAGAGCUCAUCCUUCCUGUUGAUAAGCAGAUCAUAAUCAUAUCAUCCGAACAAGAUAAACUUACUUCUAAACCUAUGCUGACACUGGAUGUUUCUGUAAUUCCAGCUGCCAGUGAAACACAGCCCCUCAACAAUAAACUUGAUGGUAUAAAACUCAAUAAGCCUUUAAAUAAACAUUUAAAAGAUUCAUCAACAAGGAAACUUCCAGCUAACAAAUCUGGCGACACAUUGAAAGAACAACCUUUGAAUCGUAAACCUGUCAAACAUAGCAACAACAAAGAUUCAUAUCCUAUUACAUUUAAGGAGCCAAAUGGAAAACAGAUCCCUCUCGUCGAUGGUAAAAGGAAGUUGUCAGAACCAGAUCAACUUAUUACUUCUGAGCCAGAAGCAACAUUGGAUUUGGCAUCAGUUCCGAUCGAUUCUAAGAUAAAGAAUGAUCGGAGUCCUGAAAGUGGUAGAGCAAUGGAGGGGAACCCAAAUAUUCUGAAUAAAGGAAAGAGUUCCCCGUCUAAGAAAGUGAGUUUUCAAACCCCAUUGGAUGAAACAAAAAUAGUUGAACCAUAUGUGAUUUCCGAGGACAGUUGGGACGAACAAAGGGAAUCAGGCCAUACUAAAAAUAGACCAAGUCCUACCCAGCCACCGAGAGAAAGUUUUCCCAAGCAGAGAAGUCCAAAUCAGCGGCGAAGUGGCCCCAUGGGUCACUCCUCUCCAAGCUUGAAACUUCCCUACAAAAUAAAAUCGAUAUGUGAUGAUCUCACGAGCAACACUAAUUACAAACGGAAAAGACCGAGAUUCUCAAGUGGUCAAUCAAAGGGUAAAUUGUUGUCCAUCUCUGCUGCUGAACCCUCUCCUCCGGAGGAGAUGCUUCAGUCCGACGAAACUCCCCCUAUCCAAAAUGUAAUCAAAGAAAACGCUACAUCUCUCACAGAUACACCACUUCCAUCAAAACACAACAAUGAUGAUCCAUGCUUGAAACCAAUCGAGUCUAAUGAAGACCGAAUAUAUCUUCCCGAGGGGUCAGCUUCACCCUCAGCGGGGGGCGAACCAGCCACAAUGAGUCUCGAAGACCCUGAAACUGGCGAUUUUGAUUUGCACGAGUCAAUUUUAGAGCUACAGAUCAUUCCUGAUACCAAGGUUGAAGACAAAGCCUCUGACCACUGUGCAAAUGACAGCUGCCCAACAGAGGAACCUAACUCUAAACCAGACAACAAAGAUUGUGCAAGCACGGAAAGUGACACAUCAAGUUCCGAUUAUGAUAUUCCAUUCACUAUUCCAGAAACAAGGUUUGCGAAAACCUUUGGUGAGCUACCUGUAAAUCUACUCGAGGAUGAGUCAAUUCAACGGAAAAUGAACCGCAUGACAAUAUCUAGUACCCAGUUUAUAAAAUCUAUUGAAGAGCUGAACGAGGAGAUCCAGACAACUAUAAGACGCGGAUCUGCUAGCCCGCGGAUAUUCAGGGAAGAUCCCUACUACUCAAUAAGUCCACUUCCUGAUAGAUCAAAAACAACUGAGGUCGGUAUCAUGGCAACUGAGGCCGGUAUCGUGGCAACUGAUUCUCUUUUCACAAAUGACGAUAACACUGUAAACAAUUCCGAAUCCUCCUGCUUGACUCCUAAUCCUCUACAGAGUGAAUCUGACGAGGACAACUUCCAAAUGCGCCCAUAA